AUCAGAGCCGAGCUGAACAUGUCUUGAGCUUUUAUGGGUAGAGCCUUGCGAGAACUCAACAACAUUUGCGCCAUUUCUUCAACUUUCUUCUGCACUGCCAACGUUGCGACCUCCAUUAUCAGUCGGUCCUACGUAGCCUACGACAGGCAUAUGAGCAAACUGGAUUAAACGCAACUUACAGUUUCUAGCCCUGACUCGACAACAAUGCCCAAAAGUGAUAAUUACGUCAAAAUAUGGACCUGCUGCCUAUGCGAUUAUCCGCUUAAUCAAUUCUCCUUUUGCAUCGGUGAAGACGCAUUGGGCAAUACUUGCUACCACGAACCAUGUUCCGUCUGCACUGUCGACAAAACUAUCAGUCAUAGAGAUGACGCCAGCACAAUUGGGAUUGAGGAUUACGACUAUAUCAGGGCCAGGCCUGCUGAGUUUACCCAGACUCCCAUUACCCAGACUGUCAAGCAACAGGCGUCUGUUUUGCCUGCUGGUGUAGCGGCAGUUCGUGACACAACUACCAUCCGUGGCGAUGAUAAGUCAGAAAACCAAGCACCAGCAAAGUCGCCGCAAAAUUCCAUCACGGCCACGAAAACUUACGAGCCCUCAAUUGGGCCAAGUCACUCUCUUACUUUGGGAGCAGCAACCCUUCCAGAUUCGGGCUACGGCUCUGCUUCGCAAAUCACAGCCAAUGCAUACCAAUAUCAAGCCCCGGCAGCCAGUCAGGUCAAACUACCUGAAGCCGACUCUGUUCUGACUGACGAUGUUGCCUCCAUCCUGACCGAAAUGCUGCCGUUAGACUUGUCAGAAGAUCUCGUCAGCACGUACGUUGGGAUCUUUGCGCGACGUCUCUUGCAUUCCACGGGAAUCCAGGACCUGGAAUGUUUUCCGGAAAUCGACCAGACACUGCCUCGCCUGCUUCGUGCAUUCGCGUUACGAGUAGCCUUUGCAGAUAGCUCGGCUGACAGAAAGGCUGUAGCAACAUUCGCAAGACAGAACAAACUUCGGAUUACGAAAGCGUUUAUGGCAGCAGGAAAAUUUCUUCGAGAUGCAGCACAGGACAAAAAUUCAGAACGGGGCUCGGGCACUGAAGAAGAAACUCCUUCUCAACAAAAUGGGAACAGUGUUGCAGACAAACAGAUGAAAGAUCAAAUGAUCGCCCACUGGCUCGUGUCUCAGCCGUUGUUGGAUUUGGCCACUGACCAGCUUGAACUCGAUGAUGCCGCGAUCAAUGAAGGGCCGUGGGAAGUGGAGGAUGAGUGGGUUGAACUAAGCGAUUCCGAAUUAGCAAGGAUUGACUUCACAGUCAAUACGACUACCUACUCCUGGCUUACAGCUGCGGUCCAGCGUACAAUCCGCCUCGAUUACUCGAAUUCCUACGUUCUGAGCGCCGUGCAGACCUUCGUCUCGUCUGUUCUCCCCCAAGCAAGUGGAAGCAGAGCGCUCCGCCCGCAAUCUCUUCGGGUAAAAUUGUUCUGGGAUCCCCAGGCUUUCAUCAACGAGCAGGGAUACGAUGGAGCCAGCUCGCUCCUCACAGCCGUGACAAUUAGCGGAUCAAAGGAUAGCCCGCAACUGCUUCCAUGCUUACAGUAUGUCAAACAGACAUGGCCCCUGAUUGGGGAGCCUAUCAUGGAUGCCAUCGUGGCAGCGGCUGCAAAACCCCCAGGCACCGCCAUCAAAAGCGUUUUAUUUGACAAUACCGAGAUUACAUUAAGUAUCAACAAUGGCGCUGUGGCUGUAGAGUGUGUGGGCCUCUUUGACUCCAUUCUGGAGGCCACCGAGGUUCUGGUCUGGGCAGGCACCGCCUUGCGGGAGGCCUCGGAUCAAAAUUCAAUCCGAUAUAGCGUCAUGAAUAUGAGUCGGGCUCACUCACCAAAAGGCUCUUCGAUUGUGGUGAGGUUCUCCGAAGAGGACCUCUCUACGGAGAAUGGCCCUGGAUUCGCAACUGGUGACUGCUGGCAGGGCUUAGUCAAGAACCCCGUUAUUGCAAAGGGAUUUCCGGUCCCAUUCCGACCCAAAGGAAUACCCGGCCUAGAUAUCCCACUCGAAGCCAUGGGACUCCUAGUUGGGGCGCCAUGUGUGACGGCUUUUCAGAACCGAGCAGUCAUGAAAGGAUUCAACGCGGCGAUAGUACCUAUAGCCGAGAGUGGGUCAAUCAUUCACUGGCACUUGGUUCUGAAUAAAGACGGUAGUCGUCUCCCAUACUCGGAUAGCCGUAUUCUCUCGAGUAUGCACAUGGAUUUGCCGGCUGCGUUGCCUCGAAUUCAAGCUGCGAGACACAUCCUCGGAUGGACGCCAAUGGUGUCAUACAACGUCGGAUCGCCCUUGGCAAACUACAAGAUUGGAUGGUCGAGUCCUGACUUUGUCGGACCCGGUUGUUCCCUAGAGAAGAUUGUUAUCUCAGGGGGCCCGGGAUUCCUUUCGGCCGGCGCCGAGUUUUCUCUUGGACGCAAGGACAGAGCACUAGUCAACAGUCACGGCAUCGCAUAUUUUGACAUGCUGACGUCGUUGUCCAGCUCGUAUGUAGUUCUCUAUGAUGUCCAAGACCACCGGGCUUGGCUCUCCAAUGGCACUCACGCCUUGCUGCAUGUUCGGGCAUCCCUUCAACAUGACAAGGACAGUGAUUUCGCUGCCAAUUGUCUUUACGACCCCCUCAAGCUAGAAGAGGCCCCCAAUCCGUCCCACCCAAGUGCCGCUAGCAACUUUCUGAAGAGUCCGCACAACUGGGAACAGCCUUUGUACCCGAAUCCAGAUGAAUUACGCAGCGAAAAGGCAACCACACCGGGAGGCGAUACCAUCACGACCGAGUACCGAUCGUCCACAGGCGUAUUCCUGAAGGACCGCAUCAACCAGAUAAUGCACACGUUAGAGCAGCUUAUAGACUACCAAGCUAUCAGCGACUCUCUGUCGACCGGGGUGCCAAUUAAAAUGCGCCCCAGGAGUCGGCUGGAAGGAUACCGCUUCAUGGACAUUGCAGCUCGGAAGUCAAUUACGCCACGUGUCGUGAGUCUCAGUGUCUUCACUGGCGCCGGUAAAUCAUGGAUAGACUUCACGCGCGCCAUCAAGGCUGUGACCCUCUUUGGCGAAGGAUUUGGCGAGCUCUUAGGAGUUCCACAAGACACCAUUGCCUCCGUCUGCUCCCUCUGGCACACGCUACCCAAGAAUAAAGACUAUCUGGCCGCGAGUGAGUAUGAUCUGUCCAAAAUCCUCCACCAGGAGGGCAGUUCUGCGUGCAGUCCCCUAAAGCUCGCACCGGGAAAUUUCUGGCACCGAUCAACGACCGUAUUCGGCCCCUGUACAUGCCGACAAGGCGAGCCAGUUGAGAUGUUCGGCAUGCGCGUGCCAAAGCUGCGGCGCGCCUGUGACCGAGUGCAGAUCAUCCUGCCCUCACAGAAUCUACCGAAAGGGCUUAGGGGGAAGCACCACUCGCCUGCAGCGACCAUUGGCACCGAGGGCGCCGUCAUAUUUGGCCGCAGCGAGCUCUUGCCAUGGAAGUGGCCAGACCAAGGGGCGCCGAAGCGGGACGUUGAGAGAAUCUCGAAGACUGAUGAUGAGGAAAGUGCAGGCAGCCGUCUCGCGAGUGACACCAGCUAUUUAUCAGCGCAGGACUCCGUUACAUCAGCUACGGCGGCUUCAACGCUGCCCUCGACUACCACUUCCUUAGACGGCAACGAGUGCGAGAGAGAUGUAGGGGCGAACGGCUCAACGCCGGCAGGCAAAACUUUGGUUGGAAUUGGAAUAAAGGCCACCGAGAUGUCGGGUUCUCAGGUCAAGAGGCAGAGGGUUUGGGACACGGCGAAGAAUGUGACGAGUACUAAGUAAUAUGACACGGCAUUGAACCACCCAAGAUUCAACACUUGAUGGUGGACAUGAAUAUAGCACGAGAGGGUUUUGAAGUAGUUGCAAAAUUCGGUUUCAUACACUACCGUUCAAACAGGCUACCCUGUUAUAUGACUUAUAUACCUUACCUGGGUAUCAAGGCCUCUCAAAUUUUCCGUAGUGUAGAAAGGAUGCUCAUAGAUACCUAUUCAGGGAUUGGAUUCGUUGAAAACCGACGUGGAGGGGUGACGGUAUCCGGAAAAGCAGGGUUAAAAGUGUUGUAGUCGUUGACCGAAUAGUUGUCCUCACACAGGGGCGACCGAGACGGAUGAGACGGAGGAAACGAAGGAGAUAUCGGGUCAGCGCGCGGUGUCUGAUUCAAGUUUGGCUGACUAGCGAUGGCGAUAUAGCCAAGCUCU